AUGGGCUUCACAAGCCUCCUCAUCCAUCUCCUGGCGGUGGGAAUUUCAACUACCGCCGCCCUGGACGGGCCUGUUGUUCCUGCUCGGCCCACAAAGACUACUUUGACUGUCGACUGUCUCUGGUGCACUGGCACAGAGGUGUUUGAUACUUCCUUUACUACUUCUAUCGAGGAACACUUUUCUUUCCCUGGUUUCCCUCCUGAGGUUUCCAAGACGACUGUUUGUGCGCAAAAGUGUUCUGUCCUCACGCUCUCUACUGUGACCUGGAAAAGUGGCAUGUCCAAGGUUUCCCCGUUUACGCCGUCGGCAGUGUCAACCUCGUGUGUCACGAUAUACGACGACACCCCUAUUCCUUCGCUCGUGACAUUGUCCUCGACGACAGCUUCGACUUCGUGCUCGACAAGUUCAGAGAUGAUGAUUUCUUGGGAAUGGGUUACGCCAUCGAGUUCGAGUGUCUGGGGAAUACCCCCCGGGGAGCGAACAUGGACUCUAGGAACUCCUAUUGGAACUCCUAUCUGGAGUCAAGCAAGUUCCUUCCACUUCUCCCAGGCGACGGAUGAAGCUUCGGGCUCGGAGCCCUGCACGACAGAGUUGACGGUGACGAUGACCAAGACCAUCACAGAGACAUGGCAGUCCCAGACUCCCAUGACUACAACCUUGGUCCGCACACGAUCUACAACCAUCGAGACGAUCGUUGUCGAGACGUAUUCGACGUCGACGGGAGAGAGGGUGGUCGGAGGCACGAGGACGGAGACAACUACAGUCCAGGCGGUUAGUUCGGGUAAGGAUUGUGUGCAGGUUGGGAAGUGCUGCGCCGCGUGCUCUGCGAUGGCUGCACCUGGGGAGUCUGGGACGGCCUCUAUUCUGUCUGUUGGGUCUGUAUCAACAGAUGGAGAGUACGUGUCGUCCUCUGAGGGGUCUAUCUCAUGGGCAUCUGGGUCUCCGUCUGGGUCACUGGUCCCCAACAGCACUGAGGACUUAGUCUUUGAGACGUCAGAGACCGGGUGGAAGACCGGAUCAGAGGCCUCAGAGACAGACUCGGAGUGGUCUGGGUCCGAGACGGUUGUACCAACAUCUAUCCAGACGGCCGGAGGAGCCCAGGGGACGGCGGCUCUCGGGAUAGGGGCGCUCCUUGGUCUGAUGGGGCUGCUGGCUUGA